GUGUAGCGCGCCUGCGCAGGGUCCUCGCCACGCCCUUGUUACCGUGGUUACUACGGAUUUGCCCCACUCCUUUCAACAGGUUGUUUAGCGCCUGGGUUACGCCAUCAGCCUCAGGCUCGGACGACGGAACUCCCAGCAGGGAACUAUAUUAAAUAUAAGAAUAAGAACAUGGGAGUAGAAAAUAAGGCAGAAAAGAAGAAUCGGGUGGAAAAUAACACCGUACCUCAUGUCUUGGUAUCUCAGCUGUCUUGGUCCUGAGGCUUUUUACUUUACGAACCUCCUUCCUUCACCUACACUCAUAUGAACCUCGCUCUAUCGCUUAUCUUUAUACUUUAUCAGUAGAUAGUGCACUGCACGCUCUGGAAAUUUUCUGGGUUCAGUUCCCAGCUCAGUCUCGUAAAACUCUGGGCAUUAGCUUCUCUGUAUCUCAGCUUCCUCUUUUGCAAAAUGCGAAUGACGUUAGGUAACUCUUAGGAUUGUUAUGAGAAUUAAAUAAUGUGUAUAAAGCAUUUAGCACAUGCCUAGCACACAGAAAGGGCUUGGUAAAUAUUAGAUUGUGUUAUAGCAUGUGAGGAAUCCAGUGUUGUGUUUGGUCAUAGUCCAACCUUUGUCUUAGUCAUUAUCGUCCUAAAAGAAAGCUUUAGUAUCAGGCAGCAGACAAUGAAGGAGAAAGGGAAGAAAGCGAAAGUGUCCGUGAAAGAGGAGACUUCUCUAAGACUUGGUUUAAAAAAAAAGUGACUGCCCAAAUAUGAGAGAACUAAAUGGAAGAUGUGAGGUGAAUGUAGUGAUUGGCGCUGACCCUUUACACAUGAAAAGUAAUCCUGAAAUCAUGGGAAUUAUCUGAGGAAGAGCACUCCUGAGAGGAAGAAAGAUGUUCUCUCAGACCUGAUAAUGUCCCUGUUUUGUGGAACUGCUUGCAGGAGAAAAUCUUUUUUGUGCUAUAGGCUGCUGUCAACUUUUGUCAAUAAGACACGGUAUUUAUUUGAGCUGAAGGAAGAUGAUGAUGCCUGUAAAAAAGCCCAGCAGACAGGAGCAUUUUACCUCUUUCAUAGCCUGGCUCCUUUGCUUCAGAAAUCAGAACAUCAAUACCUGGCCCCCAAGCAUAGCCUAUUAGAGUUGGAAAGGCUCCUGGGUAAGCUUGGACAGGACACACAAAGAAUAGAAGACUCUGUGCUGAUUGGAUGCUCUGAACAGCAAGAAGCAUGGUUCGCCCUGGAUCUAGGUCUAAACAGCUCUUCUUCCAUAAAUGCUUCCUUACAGAAAUCUGAAAUGGAGAAAGAGCUCAAAGGGUCUUUUAUAGAGCUGAGGAAGGCUCUAUUUCAGCUGAAUGUGAAGGAUGCCUCCUUGCUAUCCACGGCUCAGGCUCUUCUCCAUUGGCAUGGUGCUCAUCAGUUUUGCAGCAGAAGUGGGCAGCCCACCAAGAAGAAUAUGGCUGGCAGCAAGCGCGUGUGCCCUUCCAAUAAGAUCAUCUAUUAUCCACAGAUGGCUCCUGUGGUGAUCACUCUGGUGUCAGAUGGGACUCGCUGCCUGCUUGCCCGCCAGAGCUCCUUUCCCAAGGGAAUGUAUUCUGCCUUGGCGGGUUUUUGUGAUAUAGGUGAAAGUGUGGAAGAGGCUGUCCGGCGAGAAGUUGCAGAAGAGGUGGGAUUGGAGGUGGAAAGACUGCAGUACACUGCUUCCCAGCACUGGCCCUUUCCUAAUAGCUCUCUCAUGAUUGCUUGUCAUGCAACUGUGAAGCCAGGGCAGACAGAGAUCCAGGUGAACUUGAGAGAACUAGAAGCAGCAGCCUGGUUCAGUUAUGAUGAGGUGGCCACAGCCCUGAGGAGAAACAACCCAUAUACUCAGCAACAGAGUGAGGCUUUCCCAUUCUGGUUGCCCCCCAAGUUAGCCAUUGCCCACCAACUGAUUAAGGAGUGGGUGGAAAAACCAACUUGUUCUACCCUGCCUGUUUAGCUCAGAUCAGGCCACCUAAUCAGAUAAAUCCCUCCUCACUGUCUCAGAGGGCACAUCAGAGAGCAGCUGAUAAAGAGGAAGUGACAAAAGGCCAUCUCCAGGCUAACCUCGUAAUAAGGCAGAGCAGAGGGUGAGCCUGCAUCAAGAUACCUCUACCAGCAAUGUUAACAAAAGAAGUUCCUACUCACAGGAACCCCAAAAUGCCAAAUCUGAUGAGAUGACAGUUGUCAAAAUCAGAGGGAAGGUUGAAGCAAUAGAUGUAGGCCCUUGUUCACUCAUAUUCUCCUGUGCCUUGUCACAGAGGAGAUGCUUUUAUCUGGAGGUAAUGAAAUAAAUUUCUGUAUCUUUGUUCAGAUGUAUUUUUUGUGUCUUGUUAAUGCUGGGUUUAUACUAACUGCCAAAAUAUGCCUGGUAUAAUUUUGGUUAAAACUUGUAUCUUAGUAUUGAAAAUAUAUAGCAAAUCUCAACCCACUACUGCGUUACUUUUUAUCCUUGUAUAAUUUUUUUAAAAAAAUUUUUAAAUAGCACAACAGAACACUUUUAAAUUUAUGUAGGGGUAAUUAUUUUGUACAUGGUAGUUAAAUAGCAGUCAUAUUGAAGUCCUUCAUCUGAAAGGAUGAGGAAAGUGGAGUGAAGGUCUUCCUUAGGGUACUCUGUAACACACAGAUGCAGCGAGGUUCUGUUAAGGUAACUACGUGCCAUUGAGGCUCAUAUGGGUAAGGGUUUUUUGCAUGUUACUUGCUUAGUCUGGAUCCAAGGAAAAGAUUAUCACUUGCCAUGUGUGUUUUCCUAAGUGUAAAAUGGUUGUUGCCAUUUGCACACUCAGUAAAGGCAGUAACUUCAACUAAGGGAUCAGUGAAGAUGAACCACUUUUUGCAUUUUAUGGAAUAAACUAAAUUUAAGAUUUCUCAUAAUUCAUAUAUGCCAUUCUUUACCUUGUCACAGAGGAGAUGCUUUUAUCUGGAGGUAAUGAAAUAAAUUUCUGUAUCUUUGUUCAGAUGUA